UCGCUUGGCCGAUUUCAAGAUAGACAGUGGGUCGUGCGUAUUUUUUUUACCUAAAGACCAAUGUGAAGACCGUCCAUUUCACAUUACGCAAGGCUCUGGACAAUGAACCUCCUACGACCUCAUACACGCGGACGAGGUAAGACAAGACGUUCCUAGAAAAAAGGCAAUGGAUCCAUCAAUUUUCAAUGUCUUGUGAAUUUGCAAAACGAUUAAAAAACGAGUGCACGGGCAGUAUAUAAAUGAUCAUAGAAAAGGGAACUGUGUGAUAACCCCACCCACAUUGUACUACAGGAGCCACGUCAGUCACAAUGUCAAUGUCAGAAGUACACGCUAGUACGAAGAACAACAUUUACAAACAAAAGGAAGCCGUACGCCAACCGAUUUGCGGGCUCAGGUUUCGCGAGUAUCGUCCAAUUUUGAGGGUGAAAAUCGAUCGUGAAUCGCCGAAUUGACGCCUGAACAGCAAGCCAAUGUCGACCGGUACUUCAGCGAGGAACGGACGACUUAAAUACAGGCGACCUUUAGAUAAGCACGCAAGCACGCGCCCAAAGCCAACACAGAUGUCCUUGCCGAGAAUCUGCCCGUGCCAUGGUAGAUCAACCUGUCUCGAACCCACCAACACAAGACACCUGCUCGGGGGGCCUAAUGACAAACUCCCCAAAGAGACACAUGUAGAUGUUUCAAGUUAUACGCAGUCUGAAACGGCAAGAGGCACUCAAUGUAUUGUCUAAUUGAUGAUGUCAUUGUUGAUCCUGUGUUUCACUGUGGCGGGUCGGCAGGACGGCAAGAUGGAUCACCAAACCCCAAUGGGCUGGAGGAUGAUGGUCCUGAUGCUGAUGCUGAUGACACGUACAUCUGUCGGAUGCCCAUCAGGCUAUAGUAAGUCCGAUGGAGUUUGCUACAGGGAUUUUGGUGAUGCCAAGACACACAGCCAGGCUAGUGACAGCUGCUGGCCGGGACGAUUGGCCAUGCCAAAAAGCGAGGAGAUCAACACGUUCAUUGCCAGCCUGGCAGACGCAGAGCGCUGGAUCGGGCUGACAGACUCUAGCAGCGAAGGCACGUGGAGGUUUGCGGACGGCCAAUUGCUGGGAGUGUAUAAGAAAUGGGCCGAUGGUGAACCGAACGAUUCUAACGGUAACGAAGACUGCGCAAGCCUUCUGGAUCCCAGCAACAACUGGAACGAUCUCUCAUGCGGCGAAACCAGGGGAUACAUCUGUGAGACAGAUGACGAUGAAUGUGCAGAACGUACCCACAACUGCCACUCCCGAGCCUCCUGUAGCAACGCAUACGGCAGUUUCACCUGUGCUUGUAACCGAGGCUACACCGGGAAUGGCGCCUACUGUUAUGAUAUCAAUGAAUGUACGACUGGUGCCCACAACUGCCACUCCCAAGCUUCCUGUACCAACACAGACGGCAGUUUCACCUGUACUUGUAACACAGGAUACAGUUGAAAUGGUGCCUACUGUUACGACAUCAAUGAAUGUGCAGAUGGGAGUCACAACUGCCACUCUGAAGCCACCUGUACCAACACACCUGGCAGUUUCACCUGUGCUUGUAACUCAGGCUACGCGGGCGACGGUGUCACAUGUACCG